AUGCCGACACCGCCACUAGGCUUUCCCAACAAAGGUCUACAUGGACAGAGAGUGCCGAAACGACACAGAAAGCUCUUAAAAGACAAUAUCUACGGCAUCACACGUCGAGGGGGCGUGGUUCGGAUUCAGCACGAGAUUUACCACGCAGCUCGCAGCGUUCUGAAGGCAAGACUGACCGAGGAGCGGGAAAAGGAAAUCAAGUUCUCAUCCGCGUUUGAAACCACGAAGCUGACCUACGACAUUUUCAUCCAGAUCAUCAAGAACCUCACGUUCGUCCUUGGCAACUCAGGUGAUCCGAACCGAGACGACGGGCCUCUCGAGGGCGUACAUGGCAAACGCAGAAGGACGGUGACGACCAAAGACGUGAUAUUCGUCCUAUCCCGAAUGGGGAAUCCCGUGUACGGUUUCGAUCCUCCCUACCACGGAGUCAGACGCCACGGUGCAAUUGUCCAUUGA